CUAUUUUGCUCUUCACUUUCUACAGACGAACAAGGCUUGUGUAACUCUAUUUCGUGUGCUCGUAAAACUGGAGAAACUCAUCCAAUUAUAACAACUUUCAAAGCCGACACCCUCCAAUCAAGAGAAGCUUCGUAUUUGUCUCAGAAGCUGUGCCAUAUGCCAACCAGUUGGCUGAGACCAACUCGGUCAAUGCCGAAGGUGACUCUGAGAUGUCUCAUGCAACCGAUCUUUACCCUUCGAUGGUCCGUUGUGCAUAUAUAGAACCACGAUACUCUCGUAGUCCCCAAGGACUCCAAUACUCGACUAUCAGUCCAUCACUGAAUCAAUCAAACAGGGAUCACAACCUCAUACAAUGCAUACACCAACUCCUCUCACCGUCUGCACUGUGCUUGCUGCCCUUGCCAGUUGUAUCACGACAUCAUGGGCUCAAGAUGCGCCUGCCAUAAAGGACUCUACUAUCCUGCGCUCGACUGUUAGCUGCCCCGACUGCCCGGAGAGAAACUGCUACAAAUGCACACUCGGCCACGAGAAAACACUCCGCGCAAACACAGGCGGCCUGGCCUGGGUGCGCUUCCUGGUUGGCUUCAAGCUCCCUGUCCCAGUUACCCAUGCAACCAAGUGCACUGUGCAGUUCCCUGCCUUCGUUCGGCCUAAUACGUUCGCCGUGAAUGUAACAGUCGCCCGAGCGCUGUCCUCGGACUGGGAUGAAGAUACCGUGGAUGGCGAGAAUGCUCCUGACUCCGGCGAUAUCUUUACUAGCAUGUUGCUUGAGCCGUAUCAAAACAUGCAGGCAAUGGAUAUCACAGCAGCAUGUAAGGGCGCGCAGGCCGACGGGGAAUUUUCGAUUUACGUGGGCACUCAGUCCGACAGUAUUGAGAUCUGGUCCAAGGAUUCUGGUGCUCCGGCUAUUCUCCAUGUCAGUGGGCCUGCGUGCAAGGCAUCCUAGAGAUUCAUCUUACUGCUGGAGUGAAUGAUGAGACUGGAGUGACGGCUGUCACGCCGUCACGUGAACGAAAAUAAUGAUAGCUAUUUGCUGAUUGGGGUCUUUAAAGUGUAAUGUUCUUAAUGUUUAAUUUCCAUUUGGAAAGUUAUGACCCUCUACGAUACUAUCAUUGUAUUAAGCAUGGUCUUAUGUAUCUAUUUCUAGUCCUCCCGGGGAACUGCCUAUGUAGGGACCAGAAGGUCAAAAGCAGCACGGAGUUGCAUAUACAUGAUUGGCCAUGAUGUUCAUUUCAUAAAACAACAAGGAAUCCUUUAUGAC